GGAACGAUUCAGAGCUGGGCCAUCAUGAUGCCAGUGAACUUUCUGGUCACUCAUUGGUGGACCAACUUAACACCAGCAGCAUCAUGUCAGUAAACCCACCAAGCAGCAACGAUGCCUGCCUCAGCAUCGUCCACAGCCUCAUGUGCCACCGGCAGGGCGGCGAGAACGAGGGCUUUGCUAAGCGCGCCAUCGAGAGUCUGGUGAAGAAGCUAAAGGAGAAGAAGGACGAGCUGGACUCUCUCAUCACUGCUGUCACCACCAAUGGUGUCCAUCCCAGCAAGUGUGUGACCAUCCAGAGGACUCUAGAUGGACGGCUGCAG